GGGUUUUUUUGUUUUCAGGAUAUAAUAGGGCAACGUCAUGUUUAAUUGUUGUGCAAUGGAAUAAGGGCGUAAGUGAUGCUACAGAUUGUAGCACCGUGUGGUAUUUUUAUGCAUGUUCUUACCAGGAAAUGCCCCUCUGCUUUUUUUUUUUUUUUUAUUUUUUCUUAUGUGAUUGAAACUGAAAUGCUUCAGUGGAAGGUGGAGCGUUCAAGUGCAAGAGGCAGAUCAGCGGUGUCCAGCGUGAAAGGAAGUUCUUUCAGCCUGCCCCGUUUUAAUCAGAGAGAAAGGAAUGCAUGGCAAACACAUCCAGACCAGAAAAGAAGACUUACGCACCGGUCAGUCAAGCCCUAACUGAACUCAAGAAUAAAUUGGAUUUUCAGCCUCUGGAGUUAUCACCGGGAUUGGGAGUCCCUCCCGGUGGAGUUCCAUGAUGUCCCUCUCUGUACGACCCCAGCGGCGCAGUCUGGUGGUCAGGAUCAAUAGGAGCCAGUCGUUUGCAGGGGUCAACUCUUCCCAGGACAAAUCUUUCAGGAAUUUCCCUGCGUUCAGUACACCCACGGUCUCCAGGAAGUCUGGCUCCAGGGUCAGUAGAAUGUUUUCAAUGUCUCACAAAUCCCCUCCACCGAAGGUGCCCCAGCCAGAGCGAUUUGACGAAGUGUACGAAGCAUUGAAGAAAGGGCUAAGUGCUUACCUGGAAGUACACCAGCAGGAACUGGAGAAGCUGAGUACGCAGAUCCGUGAAUCCAAGAGGAAUUCUCGCUUGGGCUUCCUCUAUGACCUUGACAAGCAAGUCAAGUCCAUUGAGCGUUUCCUGCGCCGUUUGGAGUUUCACGCUAGCAAGAUUGAUGAGCUCUAUGAGGCGUAUUGCAUCCAGCGACGACUCCGAGAUGGCGCUCACAACAUGGUCAAGGCCUACACAGCCGGUUCCCCGGGCAGCAAGGAGGCCCGGGAGAGCUUGGCCGAAGCCGGCAAGGGCUACAAGGAGUACACGGAAAACAUGUGUCUGUUGGAGAGUGAGUUGGAGAGCCAGUUGGGAGAGUUCCAUAUCAAGAUGAAAGGAUUGGCUGGCUUUGCUAGGCUUUGUGCGGGGGACCAAUAUGAGAUCUUCAUGAGAUAUGGGCGCCAGCGAUGGAAACUACGGGGUCGCAUUGAAGCCAACAGCAAGCAAGUCUGGGAUAGUGAGGAGAUGAUCUUCUUGCCCCUUAUCACAGAAUUUCUGUCUAUCAAGGUGACGGAACUCAAGAGCUUGGCCAGCCACGUAGUGGUGGGGAAUGUCUCUUGCGAGACCAAGGACCUUUUUGCAGCCCUGCCCCAAGUGGUGGCCGUGGAUAUCAAUGACCUAGGCACAAUCAAGCUGAGCCUGGAGGUCAAUUGGAAUCCCUUUGAUAAAGAGGACCAGCCAUCUUCUGCCAGUACUGUGAACAAGACUUCGACAGUCAACAAGCGAUUCUCCACAUACAACCAGAGUCCUCCUGAUACCCCUUCCAUGAGAGAACAAGCCUUCUAUAGCCUGCCUUGGGAGGCGGUCCCCAAGCAGAGGCGGGCCUUGAUGGACGUCUUCCAAGAGACCGUCCUGGAAAGGCUGCCGUGGAGCUGUUCAUGCAGCGAUGUCUCCUCGGUGCAGCUCAGCACAAGGGCGUCUCAGGGCUGCAACAUGCUACGGCAGCAGGAGGAUCUGGAGAAUGGGGCAGCCUGGUCCAUCUCUUCGGAGUCCUCCGAUGACUCUUCCAGCCCCCAACUGUCCGGAAGUGCCCGACAUACAUUGCCCAGGCCUAUUGUGCAACCUGCAGUGCAGGCCACUGCCCCUGCCAUUGAAAUUGCUUUCACCCACCCCGAGGACAAGGAGCCCGCAAUCCGAGAAGAGGCCGCCAUGGCCAACGGACACGUGCCCUACGCCCGGACUCUCAGCCAGAUCAGUGAAGCAAGUGUAGACCUGCCCAUAGCAGAAGAGAAGGAGUGUCCUGUCCCCAAAGAGCCUGCUCCUUGCGAUGCCCCUUCCUUGGAAACGAACUCCUCGCCCCCAAGUGUGGGCUUGCCACUGGACACUCAGAUCCGUGAGGACGAAGAGGGUGAGCCUGAUGGGGCCACCCCUGUUGGAGAGGAGAGGGAGGAAACUCCUGGUCCAGCACAAGAGGUUCAACAGCCCAAGUCUUCAGUGGCCCCAUCAGCCUUGGGACAGCUUCAGCAGUCAGGGAUCUCAGAGGUUCCAAGGCCCAAACCCGUGGACUCCGGCCUGGAGGAGGCCAUCAACACACUGGCUUCUGCUCUGGAUGACUAUCGGGGCCAGUUCCCUGAGCUGCAGGUUCUGGAGCAGGAACUCAAGCAUCUUGAGGAGAUUCUCUUGCAGAAACAAGGCCUAUGCCUUAGCCGAGCCUCCAGCACCAGCCUGACGGUGGAACACGCGCUUGAGAGUUUCAGCUUCCUCAACGCUUCUGAAUCAGAAGACUCGGAAGGAGAGGACGACAAGGUGGCAAGCAACGCCCAGGCUCCACCUGUGGGCAAAGUGCCAGGGUCCGCUGAUAUGGCGGCUGAAGACUCCGCUGGGUGCCUAAAUUCAGAAGGCAGCUUCGAGCCCAUGACCACCGGCAACGAAUUCCUUGACAGGGCCCUGGUCCUGCACCUCAACCACUGCAAUCGCUUGCUGCUAAAGCUGGGCAACUUCGGACCUCUCCGCUGCCAGGAAAUGUAUGCUCUGGACAGGCUGGGCAGAGAAGUGCAGGUCCUAGAGAUGGCCAGUCGCCUAAUUGUGGACCGAGCAGGCAUGGCCAGCACUGCUGAGGAAGCGGUACAGUUCUCAACAUGGAAAGAAGGCGUUCUCUCUUUCUGGGACCGUUGUGUGGCCGUCCCUAAUGUGUAUACCUGCUCCGUAGAAAAGUUCAUGCAGAACUUUAAGGCUGAGUACGCGGCACGCAUCAAUGGCCGUCAGCCAAGUUUGGCCGAUUCAGUGUGUGUAAAGCUGGUGGAAGAACUGUUGCAGUACAGGCUGCCCAGGCGUCAGGGGAGCUGUCAGGCUCAGCAGGUCACCCUCUUCCAAUAUUGGAGCCAUUUUGAGGCCCUGCCUGUGGUUACACUGGACUCCUACAUCAUGGAGCUGGCCGAAGAAGUCCUGCUAGCACAGAACCUGAAUUCGGAUGACCAAGAUGUGGUCUUGAAGGCCUUGAAGCGAGUUCCCGAGAGCCGGCUACACAAGGAUGGGCUGAAGGCUUUGAGUUUGCUUCUUGUCGAAGGAAACACCAAAGUUAUUGGAGCUGUAACAGCACAAUUACGCAACCUAUCAGAGAAGCCCAGUUUUCGGGAGCGGGCCCUUAUCUGCUUUUUGGAGCAGUUGGAGGACGAAGAGACACAGACGCGGGUAGCUGCCUGUGCAGCUCUGGGCUGCCUUAAGGCCAAGGAGAGCAUUGAACAGCUGGUUUAUCUGUGCCAAACUGACAAGGAAGCCGUGCGAGACGCAGCCAAACAGAGCCUCCUCAUGUGUGGGGACGAUGGCAAGUCAGCUCAUCGAAGGCUAGAAGAAUCGCUGGACAAUUUGCCACGGAUCUUUGCCCCAGGCAGCAUGGCUAGUACCGCAUUCUGAAGGACGCAGCAUAGAUCCAGCUGCUGAUCCUUCGUUGGGCACGGACCUUGCAUGGCACAGAGCUUCAGAGGAGUCCUUCGAAGUCAGACCAGCCUGUCACAGAGUGGGCAGCUCUGUCACUUGUGGGGCAGGCCCACACCGCAGUAUUAGCACCGCUGGCCUGCUGCCUUACGUGGACAAAUGCCUUAGCUCGUUGGCUCUAGCAGCUAACAGGAAUGUAAGGCACGGAGGGGACCCUCUCUGUGGUUUUCUCCUCCUACAGAAGCCUACUGAAUUUGGAGGACGGUGUUGAACUGGGCAUGUUAUCAUUAGCCAGGACCAAAAUAGAUCCCUUUCUGGAAAAAAAACAAACAAACCAGGAAAUAGUGGGAAAGGCCAUCUGCUUGGGAAGAUGCACGUCGAAAGUCCUGCUUAAUGCUUAACCUGUUCUUUUCUCCACUGUUUUUCUCCACCCUCUGGGACUGUGAAUCUUGCAGGAAAUUGGGGCCAGCUAGAUCCUCUGUCAGUGCUUUGGAUAAAUUGCAAAUUUCUCCUGGAUUGCAAGGCAGAGAGAGAGAAGACACAGGAAAGAGUCCUUACUCCCAGCGAGGGAAGAGGAACCAAUGUCUUUUCAAUGACGAUGCCAUGGAAGAUGGAAACGAAACGGGCGAAAGUUGCCUCUUCUUGUGCUAUUUUAAUAUUUUUUAUGUACAUGUGUGUGUGUGUGUGUGUGCGCGUGUUGUGUGUGUGUGUGUUGGGGUGGGGAGGGAGGCAGCAGCCAAAUGGAAGCAAAACGUCCUUUUUUUACAAAGUAUCUAUAAAUUUAUCUGUACAUCUACAUAGCUAUAAAUAUAUAUAUAGUGCUCUCCAACAAUGGACGGAACAACGAAGCACUGAUAACGGAACAACGGCAAGAAACAUCGCGACUGCGCGCAAGAGAGAGAGCGUGGAAAUGAACAGCAAACCGCU